CUGGUCUGCGUCAGCUUUGUCAUAAAUGUCAAAUUGUGUUUUCCACAAUUUUUUUGUACAAAAAAAUCAAUAAAUAGCGAUUCAGAAAUUUUUAUUGUAACUUGUAAUAGGUGUGGUAAUAGGCAUCUCAAGUCGUUCUAACGACCUAUUGUUUGAUAAAGAUGAUGCAAAGUGCUCAAAAAGAAGCCAUAAUUGAUGUUUUUUCACCCGACUUGCAUAUUCCGGAAAAUUUGAGAUAAUACUGGGAUAAUGUAAGGGAAGAACAUCCCUAACUGAAAUCAAAUGGAUUCAAAGGAACGCCCUGAUGAGCUUUUGAUGCAGGCAAUAUACGAGAAUGACGUGAAUUUCAUUAGUUGUUUUUUGACAAGAGGUUAUUCAUUUCUAUACAUUUUCAAGUAUAAUGAUUUAUUUCUGUGUUUUUAGGCAUCAAUAUAAACAAAAUCUGUCGUAAUGGUAUGACCCCAUUAGGAGCUGCAGCACAAACUGGGAACCUAUCAGUAUUAAAAGCUUUAAUAGAGUACCAUAGUUCUACCUUAAACCUAGACCAUCAAAAUGACAAUUGCAAGCCUCAAUAUUUAAAUUUAAACACAGACUGUCAGAAAAAGUAUAAGAAUAUAGGGUAUUUUGUAGUCUGCAGAGAUGUGGAAGAAAAUGAAUUUGGAGAUGGCCCUACUCCAGAUGGCAUGGAGGCCUUAGAAUGGGAUAUGGAAGUUAAUGACCCUCAAGCAGAAGAACCUAGUGAAGACUCGCCAGAAUCCAAUAUCUACAAGUGGUACGCUAAUAUUCUGACUAGGACUUCAAUAGUGCUUGAGUCACCGGAGAAGGAUAUAAGUAGGUUAGAUAGACACGGGCAAGGUGUCAUACACUAUGCGGUGAACUCUGGUAAUAUUGAAGUUUUAGAAUAUCUUUUGGCCACUAUGGGAAAUGCACUGAGUCUUGAUCAACCUGAUAUAUGUAACUUCAGCCCUCUCCAUUCGGCUUCUGCUAAUGGGCAUGCAGAGAUGGUCAAAUGGCUAAUCAAGAAAGGAGCAGAUGUUAAUGCAGUAGGUGGCAGACAUCGACAUACUCCUCUGCAUGUUUCAGCCAGGUCAGGCAAUUUGGAUGUGAUAAAGGCUCUGGUAGAGGGUGGCGCCAACAUCAACGAGGCAGACACUGAAGGAAGAACCGUACUGACGUUAGCUGUAUCUCAGGGCAACGAGGAAUGUGUCAAGUAUCUGUUAGACCUAGGAGCUAGAGUCAACCAUGAAGAACAUGGUGAAAUUACCGCUCUUAGGUUGGCAGUUUUCGGUGGUAAUGUUCCUGUUGUCAGAUUGCUGCUGGAGAAGGGCGCCCGGAUAGUCCAUUCCCACCACCUGAUGCAUAGCGCCGUUAUGAACAAUUCUUUGGAAAUAAUUCAAAUGUUGCUAGAAUCGGGUGGUCUAGUCAAUGCUAGGGACGAUGAAGGCGGCACGCCGUUAAUGGUCGCCUGUUCACGAAAAAACAUUCCGUUGGCGAGGUACCUAAUAAGUCGGGGUGCUGAUGCCAACCAUGUCAGCCAUGUAGAUGGCAAAACGGCUCUCCAUGUCUGUGCUAUGGAGGUGAGAGAGUCAAAGGCGGCGUCGCAACUUGUUGAGCUGCUGGUUACCAAUGGAGCAGAUAUGAACUUCUCCAGCUAUCAGGGUUUACCUCUACACUACUCCAUUGUUAUGGACAACAAGGCAGUGGCCACCAAGAUGGUUCAAUUAGGGGCUGAUGUCAAUCUCAAAGAUGAGCGCAUAAUUUUUGAUGCGUUGUCGUUUGCAAUGCGUUACGCUGACCUUGAACUUGUCAAAAUGAUUAUUUUCGCCGGGUUUAAGCUCAGUAACAUGCGCUGCGACCCCUGGCAGAUGCGGAAAGAGCAGAUCGAUGCCAAAUGCGAGUUCCUUCAUUAUGUAAAGACAAACCCGCUCAGCCUCAAGGAACUGUCUAGGAUAGUCGUAAGGCGGCAGUUGGGUUGCAGGGAUCUACUUGGAAGUCUCGCGAAAUUGCCACUGCCGCCGAUAAUACAGAAAUAUAUAGCUUUGGAAAUAUUGUAAAAAGAUCAGUGUAGAUACUGUUUGUAGUUUGUACAAAGAUGUGAGUAAUUAAGUGUUAAUGGUACAGAAUCCGAUCAAUAGCCCGAGAAGUAUUUAUGAAGUGAAAUAUGCUGAAAAAGUGUCAGUAAUAGGUUGUCUGAUAAAUCCUGAACAGACGAUUUUUGAUUAAAGAGUGAUGGGUAAUUUUCUGUGAUUGCGUCGUUUUUUUUGUUCCACGGCCAACGUUUCCUUUAUUAAUUUAGUCAAAACCUGAAGUGAGUUGCAAAAAUAUAACGUUAGGUAGCAUCGUUUUAGAUAUUUUAAACCUCAAGUCAGUCAAAAGUACAUCGGUCAACCUGAACUUUAGUUUUAAGGUGAAUGUCGCACGAUCUUUAUUUACUGUGUACCAUACAAUCCAUGGGCGCACAUUAGGAGUAUUUAAGGCUCUCCUAGUUUAUGCUUUAGGUGUAAAAUAUUCUUGGACGAGUGGUGUAUGCAUUUUACAGCUUAGAAAAUCCGUACAUAGAAAUACUUUUUUACCCACUGCUUUAAACUGCCUUCACUGCUUCGAACUAGUUGACUAUGCCUAUAAACCUAACCUGUCCGCCUACGAAUGUUGCUAUAUGCUAUUCAGUGUGUACAUCCAAAAAUAACAAAAAAAAGUUCCUAUAAAUAUGGGUUCAAAGAUGCUUCCCUGCCGAGAUACAGGGCGAUGAAGUUUUAUUUACGAAAUUGAAAAAAAUUAUAUCUAUGGAGUGGGUAAAGAUACUUACUUUUAGACGUUUAGUGUUUAAACCAGCGAUAUAGAAAUUGGACUACCUGGACCCCUAAUAGGAAACAUCUACGCCACUGGUCAUUUCGAAAGAAAAAGAAAAAGGUCAAGAAAAUAAAUUUUUGUCAUCACUCGUUUUGGAGAUAUUUUGGUUUGAACAUCUGAAGUAAAAUCCUAACGUGUUAGCCCCCAUAUUCUGAAAAUACUUACGUUGU